AUGCCGCAAGCGUACGAGGGUCAUUACGAUCUCCCACACAGUUGGGCCCGAACGGCUCUAGGUGUACUUCACAAGUAUCCCAACACGCAUGCCACGCACGUAGUCAGUCUGGACGUCAUAGAUCAACAAUUGCAACUUGAUCAGCGGCCGAACGGGAACGCAGGGCUGCUGGUCAGGCUGGAGAGAAUAUUGGGUGUGAGACAGGGCGCACCAGCUUGGGCUGUGAAGGUGAGCAUCCUGGACCCACGUGGUGUCAGGCAAUGCCUGCUUUGAUGAAGGAUUGCAGUUCUCUGAUCAUGCUUGUUCAUGCGCGAACCAGCUGCUUGGAGGUGAUGAAGAGACGUAUGUGAGAGAGGUGGUCAUGGUGGACACUGCAGGACAGAUAGUCGAGAUGACAUCCACCAAGUGAGUUUCGCCGCUCCUUUCCUCGCAAUCUCUUGGCGCGCACUGACGGUAUCGUCUCGCAUGGGUGGUUCGCUAUAGCAUGUCGCUGUCCCGCUACUUGCUGGUGAAGGAGUACAUCACCUACACACCGACCUCUGCGCAAAAUCGCAGCACAACCUUUCAUCAACGAGCCAGGAUAUUGGCGGGCGGACUUCCUUUGAGCGCCAUGGCUAGAAAGGUGGAAGAUUGGAGCAAAGAUAGAUUCGCUUCCAAUGCUGGCAAAGGCGAAGCCGGUAUCGCAGAAGUUCUCAAAGGUCUGUGGGACGCUGGCGUCUCGGAUGGACUUGCCUCGAGGAGCCUCCAUGAGAAGUGA